AUGGAGCUGCGCUCUGAGCUGCCUAGCGUGCCCGGCGCAGCGACGGCGGCGGCGACAGCGACGGGGCCGCCCGUGGCGUCGGUGGCGUCGGUGGCAGCGGCGGCGGCUGCGGCCGCGUCGCUACCGGUGAGCGUGGCGGGCGGCUUGCUACGAGCGCCGCCGCUGUUGUUGCGGGCGGCGGAGAAGUACCCGCGGACCCCCAAGUGCGCGCGCUGCCGCAACCACGGCGUGGUGUCGGCGCUCAAGGGCCACAAGCGCUACUGCCGCUGGAAGGACUGCCUGUGCGCCAAGUGCACGCUCAUCGCGGAGCGCCAGCGCGUCAUGGCGGCGCAGGUGGCGCUGCGCAGGCAACAGGCGCAGGAGGAGAACGAGGCGCGCGAGCUACAGCUGCUCUACGGCACUGCCGAGGGCCUAGCGCUGGCCGCCGCCAACGGCAUUAUCCCGCCGCGACCUGCCUACGAGGUCUUCGGCUCCGUGUGCGCCGCCGACGGCGGGGGGCCGGGAGCAGGAGCGCCCGCAGGGACCGGAGGCGGCACUGCGGGCUCGGGGAGCUCAGAGGCCAAGUUGCAGAAGUUUGACCUGUUCCCCAAGACGCUGCUUCAGACCGGCCGCCCAGGCAGUCCGCAGCCGCCACCGGGGAAGCCCUUAUCACCCGACGGCGCAGACUCGGGUCCCGGGACUUCUUCUCCGGAGGUGCGGCCGGGCUCGGGCUCUGAGAACGGCGACGGGGAGUCCUUUUCCGGGUCGCCCCUGGCCCGGGCCUCCAAGGAGGCAGGUGGAAGCUGCCCGGGCAGCGCAGGCCCGGGAGGCGGUGGCGAGGAGGACAGCCCGGGCUCCGCCAGCCCUUUGGGCUCCGAAUCUGGUUCCGAGGCCGACAAAGAAGAGGCAGAGGCCGCUCCCGCCCCAGGGCUGGGCGGGGGCCCGGGUCCACGGCAGCGGACGCCGCUGGACAUCUUGACGCGCGUCUUCCCGGGCCACCGGCGAGGCGUCCUGGAGCUGGUGUUGCAGGGUUGCGGCGGCGACGUGGUGCAGGCCAUCGAGCAGGUGCUGAACCACCACCGCGGGGGUCUGGCGGCCGGCCUUGGCCCCGCCGCGCCUCCUGAUAAGGCCGCGGUGGGUGCGGUAGCAGCUGCGGAAGACGCGUGGCCGGGCCGCGUUGAUGCCGCCGCUGCCGGGGGGCCGGGGCUGCCCGCGCCGCUGCAGGCCGGCCCCGCUGCCCCUCCGCACCAUAGACCUUUGCUGGCCGGCGCCAUGGCGCCUGGGGCGCUGGGCUCGCUGAGCAGCCGCUCGGCCUUCUCGCCACUGCAGCCCAACGCUAGUCACUUCGGCGCCGACGCCGGCGCCUACCCACUGGGCGCGCCGCUCGGCCUCAGCCCCCUGCGCCUGGCCUAUUCGGCGGCAGCGGCGCACAGCCGUGGCCUGGCCUUCAUGGCUCCCUACUCGACCGCGGGUCUAGUACCCACACUCGGCUUCCGCCCGCCCAUGGACUACGCCUUCAGCGACCUCAUGCGCGACCGCUCGGCCGCCGCCGCUGCGGUGCACAAGGAACCCACCUACGGCGGCGGCCUGUACGGGCCUAUGGUCAACGGCGCCCCAGAGAAGCAGUAG